UAGAAGUGCAAUGCUACUUUCAGUUUCUGUAUGGGAGAAGAAGACGGCGGAGGUGCACAGAAAGAAUAAACAGAAUAAAGAAAAGAAGAGUGGAGAAAGGUAAAACUGCUAAAUCAGCAACUCCAAGAUGGCCCUUCUAAGCCUGUGCGGACCCCCACACACCCGGGACUGGCAGAUGCCCAUUGGCGGGGGUAUAAUUUCACCUACAGCUCCCCAUAGUUUGUACGACACGGAGAUGGCGGUUCCUCCUGGAUUGCAGACAGCACAAUUUCUCCAUCGCAUGGAGGCCGGAGAGAACGGUGUGAAGAUUGAGCCCUGGCACGGGACCACAACGCUGUCUUUCAAGUUCCAGCACGGGGUGAUCGUGGCAGUAGAUUCGAGAGCAACAGCUGGGAACUAUAUUGCGACUCUGAAGGUUAAUAAAGUGGUUGAGAUUAACCCUUACUUGCUUGGCACCUUGGCUGGCUCUGCUGCAGAUUGUCAGCACUGGCAGAGACGUCUUGCAAAAGAGUGCAGGUUAUACCAGCUGCGGAAUAACACAAGGAUAUCAGUCUCCGCUGCCUCCAAACUGCUGUGUAACAUGAUGCUGCAGUACCGAGGGGCAGGCCUGUGUGUGGGCAGCAUGAUCUGUGGCUGGGAUAAAAAGGGUCCCGGUCUGUACUAUGUGGAUGAAAACGGCACGCGGUUAUCUGAUAAUAUGUUUGCUGUGGGAUCAGGUGGUUCCCAUGCAUACGGUGUGAUGGACAGCGGAUACCGUUAUGAUCUGACCCCCGAAGAGGCGUAUGACCUUGGCUGCAGAGCAAUUAGCUACGCCACACAUCGUGAUGGGGCUUCUGGAGGAGUGGUCAACCUGUACCACAUGAAGGAAGACGGUUGGGUGAAAAUUGGACAAUACGAUGUGAGCGAGUUGUUGUAUAAAUACAAAGAUGAGAAGAGCAAGUAACACGGAA